ACACAUUUCCAGCGCCGCGGCGGAGCCAGAGUGGGAACGAGAUCCAGCUCGACGCACCGGAGCGUGGUACCUGGUCCGAGAGCAGGGUGACGGCCGCCGGGCAAGUCUGUGGCUCCUCUCACACCGAGCCGCCGGGCAGUGGAAGGGAAAAGAAAGACACAGAGGAGAAACACUAGUUAAAGUCACUUUACAAGAGCCACCGAGCGAAGUGGAGAGGCGACCCGAGUCGGACCGUGGCGGAUGUAACAUGACAUCGAUGAAGCAGGAUUCCAAUUGAAAAGCGGCGUUGACACAGUGACCCUCAGGACCUCAACAGGAAUGGCUUGAUUCGUCGCCCCCCACCACCACCACCACCACCAGCACCACCAGCACCACCACCAGCCCCCGGGAGAGAGCGGCGGGACGGGUGCGCGGUCGGAGGCGCUCAUGCUUCUGAGGAAGAGGAAGAAAGUUUGCUGCGCUUCGCUCGGACACGGCUCGACUUUCUGCGACGCAUCGCCGCCGUGACCGCGUCGGUGGAGGGAGACCCCGCCUGGCCGAGGGUGUCGGCUCCGACGCUGCCCACGAUGUCCAAACCGCCGCCGAAGAAGAACCACUGGACCUCCAGGGUGAACGAGUGCCUCGUCUCCAGGGACGCACGCGGCGACCUGAACGUGCCGCUGCGCGGCGGCGCCGAGGACGGCGAGUUCGCCCACAUCGGCCAAGUGAACGGCGACGCGCGGUUGGUUUACCAGAGUGGGAAGUUAAACGACGGGGAACUGCUGCUGGAGGUGGAGAACCUGUCCAUCUCGGGAUUACCCCUGUACGACGUGCGGACGCUGAUACAGAACUGCAAAGGUCCCGUCCGGUUGAAGACGGUCAGGCAAGGAAGCAAGCUCAACAAGGACCUGAAGCAUUAUCUGAGCCAGCGCUUCCAGAAGUCCUCGCCUGACCACGAACUACAGCAGACCAUCCGAGACAACCUCUACCGUCACGCCGUGCCUUGUACAACCCGCGCCCCACGGGAAGGAGAAGUUAGUGGCGUGGACUACAACUUCCUCUCAGUGGAGGACUUUCUGGAAUUGGAGAAGAGUGGCACCUUGUUGGAAAUCGGAACGUAUGACGGUAACUAUUAUGGGACGCCCAAGCCGCCGGAGCAGCCCCCCGGUGGGAAAGUGAUUAGCCGUAGCGGUAGCGGCGGUGAUGCCCCACUGCCAGACGGGCUCAGUGGUAGCCUGCCAGGCUCGCAGCACUCCACUCCGCGACGCAGCAAGUCCUACAAUGACAUGCAAAAUGCUGGAAUAGGGCCCGGCGCGCAGCAGCAGGAGGACGACGAGGACCUCCCUGACAUGAACAGUAGCUUUACAGGAGACUCAAGUGAAUUUGACGAGAUUCAUCACACGGUGCGCCCCUUCGCCCCCCACCAGAGCGCCCCGUCCUACGCUGGGACAACCCCCUCACCACCGGCCACCACGGAGAGCACACAGCAGUCACACUCUCACCCGAGCCAUCCUCCCCCUGAGGACCCGCUGGGACCUCUGCCUGACAACUGGGAGAUGGCCUACACCGAGAACGGAGAGGUCUACUUUAUAGACCACAAUACAAAAACCACCUCCUGGAUAGACCCUCGGUGCCUGGACAAGCCUCAGAAACCCCUGGAAGAGUGUGAAGACGAUGAAGGGGUACACACAGAGGAGCUCGACAAUGACCUUGAACUUCCACCAGGAUGGGAGAAAAUAGACGAUCCAGUGUACGGGGUCUACUAUGUUGAUCAUAUCAACAGGAAGACCCAGUAUGAGAAUCCGGUGCUGGAGGCUAAGAGGCGCAGGCAGCUGGAACAGCAGCAGCCUCAGCCCCAAAGCCAGCAGCCACCUGAAGGUGAGCGCUACAUCCGAGAAUGGAUUGAGGACUCUACGUUGGCCGGGGCACCUCUGGCCAGCUACGCUGCCAACCACCAGGAGACCUACAGGGACCCUCAGACAGGACCACCAAUGCCCAACGCGAUGGGACAAAAACGAGGAAAGCCUUUCUUUACCCGGAACCGGUCCGAGCUGAAGGGGACUUUCAUCAACACCAAGCUGAAAAAGAGUCGCCGGGGGUUCGGCUUCACUGUUGUUGGAGGCGACGAGCCGGACGAGUUCCUGCAGAUAAAGAGCCUGGUCCUAGAUGGACCUGCAGCCCUCGAUGGCAAAAUGGAGACAGGUGACGUGAUCGUGAGCGUCAACGACACAUGUGUGCUAGGCUACACCCAUGCCCAAGUUGUAAAGAUCUUCCAGUCCAUCCCUAUUGGCUCCAUGGUCAAUUUGGAGCUUUGCCGUGGCUACCCACUGCCCUUUGACCCCGAUGACCCCAACACCAGCCUGGUUACCUCAGUGGCUAUUCUUGAAAACAAAGAGCCCAUCAUCGUCAACGGCCAGGAGGCUCCCAACAGCUAUGACUCGCCGUCCAGCCACGGCAGUCAGAACAACAACAACAUCUCGACCAAUGGCGGGGCACCCCUCAAUGGCCUCCCCCGACCACACAGCCCCUCCGCUGAGGUGGCUUCUGAUACCUCUUCCCAGCACGGUUACCCCAACGAUGUGGUCACCCUGGCCUCAUCCAUCGCCACGCAACCAGAGCUCAUCACUGUACACAUGGAGAAGGGCGACAAGGGCUUUGGCUUCACCAUCGCAGACAGUCCCGGAGGUGGAGGGCAGAGAGUAAAGCAGAUCGUGGACUACCCUCGCUGCCGCGGCCUCAAGGAGGGAGACAUAAUCGUGGAGGUGAACAAGAGAAAUGUGCAGAGCAUGUCCCACAACCAGGUGGUGGACAUGCUCAGCAAGUGUCCCAAAGGCAGCGGGGUCACCAUGCUGGUGCAGCGAGACUCGCAGACCUUCAGAGCUCUAAACGCACCGCGUGAUACAAGGGUGGCGCCUGCAAAGAAGAGCCCAAAACUGGAUGAUUUUGAGCUGGCCCCUCCAUACAGAGAUUACACUAGGAGGCAACUAUCACGGAAGGACAGUCAGAACAGCUCCCAGCAUAGUGUUUCCAGUCACCGGAGCACCCACACAGACUCACCUCUACACCCAUCUCUUGCACCCCCUCUCAACGAGAACGCUGCUCCCCCGCCCCCCACUCAGCCCCUGCCAGGCCUGCCGCCCCAGGACUCCCCGGCAGACGGGACCAUCCAGAGAAAACCGGACCCUUUUAAGAUCUGGGCCCAGUCGAGGAGCAUGUAUGAAAGUAGGCUUCCAGACUUCCAGGAGCAGGACAUUUUCCUGUGGAGGAAGGACACAGGGUUCGGCUUCAGGAUCCUCGGAGGCAACGAGCCAGGAGAGCCCAUCUACAUCGGCCACAUAGUGAAGUACGGUGCUGCAGACGAGGACGGACGCCUGCGGUCUGGCGAUGAGCUGAUAUGUGUGGACGGCACGGCGGUGGUGGGCAAGUCGCACCAACUGGUGGUGCAGCUCAUGCAGCAGGCGGCGAAGCAGGGCCACGUCAACCUCACCGUGCGACGCAAAACCGGCUUCGCUGUUAAAGCAGAGGGAGACGUGCCUCCAUCGCCGGCAUCCUCCCACCACAGCAGCACCCAGGCGCCCAGCCUGACGGAGGAGAUGGGGAAACGCACCCCCCAGGGCAGCCAGAACUCCCUCAACACCGUCAGCUCCGGCAGCGGCUCCACCUCCGGCAUCGGCAGCGGGGGAGGAGGUGGAGGAGUAGGGGGCAGCGGUAACACCGUUGUCACUGCUGUGGCUGCUGCCACUUCUUCCCAGCCCCUCAACGCCAACUCCAUUGCCCCCUCCUCCACCCUGCAGCCCUAUGAUGUAGAGAUCCGCCGCGGCGAGAACGAAGGAUUCGGUUUUGUCAUAGUUUCGUCUGUGUCGCGGCCUGAAGCCGGCACCACCUUUGCUGGCAAUGCAUGUGUCGCCAUGCCCCACAAAAUAGGCCGCAUCAUUGAGGGGAGCCCAGCAGACCGCUGCGGGAAGCUGAAGGUCGGCGACCGCAUCCUGGCCGUGAACGCAUGCUCCAUCACCAACAAGUCCCAUUCUGACAUUGUCAACCUCAUCAAGGAGGCGGGGAACACUGUCACACUACGCAUCAUUCCUGGAGACGAGUCAUCAAAUGCGUCUUUGUUGACCAACGCAGAGAAGAUUGCCACCAUAACCACCACUCACACACCUCAGCAACAGGCUGCACCUGAAGCCAGGAACAACACCAAACCAAAACAAGAGUCGUUUGAAUAUAAACCCCCACAAGGACCUCCUCCCCAGCCCCCUACGCAAGUCUCCGCUCAGGACGGUGAGUUCUACUCAGUGGACCUGGACCGAGACAACAAAGGCUUCGGCUUCAGCCUGCGGGGAGGCAGAGAAUACAACAUGGACCUGUAUGUGCUGAGGCUCGCUGAGGACGGAGCGGCCGUGCGCAAUGGAAAGAUGAGGGUCGGCGAUGAAAUCCUGGAGAUCAAUGGCGAGAGCACGAAGGGCAUGAAACACGCGCGAGCCAUCGAGCUCAUCAAGAGUGGAGGCCGACGCGUCCAUCUGGUGCUCAAGAGGGGUGACGGCUCGGUGCCUGAAUAUGACGGCAGCCCUAACGACAGCAGCACCGCCUACCCAGCCUCAGGGUUACAAAACGCUGCGGAAGUGAGCACCAUGCCCUCGACCAAUGCGCCAUCGGAGUUAAGCUACCCACCAGGACCCCAACAACCAUCCCGGAGCAAGAAGGAGCCGAACCACAACUCUAACCGCGCCGGCAGGCACCACCAUUCCAAACAUCGCCACAGCUCCCCUCACAAGAAAACCAGCACUGGAAGGCGCAAGGAGAAAAAAUCCACGACGAAGGGCGCAUUGAAGCUGUUCAAAAAGAAGGAUGGCAAGGGAAGUGACGGCCACCACCCCCAGUCCAGCGGACACCACCGUAGUCGCCACCGUUCACCAGACAGGAAGCAUGGAAGGUCUCGCAGUGCAGAGAACACUCUGGAUAGCCGUCACAGGGGACACCGCCACGGACGCUCCCCUGAAAGACACCAAGGACACCGCCACCGCUCUCCCUACCGCUCUCCCUACCGCUCGCCUCACCGCUCGCCUCACCGCUCGCCCCGCCGCCACAGGUCCCCCCACCGCUCUCGGCAACACUCCCCCACCAGACGCCACACCAACUCCCUAGACCCCUACCGCCGGUACGCCUCGCCAGAGAGACAGGGCCGCAGCAAUGAGAUGCCAAACAGGGACGCGGCCGUAUUGAAGGAGCCGAGACCCAAGACCCCUGAACUCAGCUUCCCUUUCGAGGACAGCAUCCUCCGUGAGCCCCCGGCCCUGGGCCGCCUGAACAGUGAGGCCACGUUUCCGCCGCUGCGCAGGGAGGAGCGCCUGUACGGGGAGGACAGCCUGAUGAAGAGAGCCUCCUCCAUGGAUAGAGCGUACAGGGGGGACAGCCUGCUGGGGAACAGCCUGCUGAGGGACGUGGCAUCCAGGGGCCAGAGGGACACCUAUGGAGACACCACCCUGCCCAGAGUGCGCACCCCCGAGUCAGAUUCAGGCUACAAGAGGUACAGCUCGCUGCUGAGGGGGCGCUCGCCGGAGAGGGCGGAGAGGAACGGGCGCUACGCCAGCCAAGGCAGUACCCCCGAGCCGCAGUACAGAUCCAGCAGCCUGGGACGAGACGUGUCCCCCGUCAGGACCUCCAGAAGAGACGACUCGGAGGAUGAAGAGGAUGAUGACAUUUUCGUAGCGGCUAAGGUGAGAGAGUACUACAGCACGCUCAAGACCAACACCAGUAGCUCGUCCAAGCCCACGCUCCCCGAGCCCAAGAAGACCUACAAGGACAACCCCAGAGACCUGAGCAUCUGAUUGGACGGCUGUCAGCCAAUCACAGCAACGACCCACAAUACACCUCAAGUACUUGCUCGCAUUACCACUUGGUUCUACAGAAAUGCACCCAGCUAUGUACACACACACACACACACACACACACGCACACACACAUUAUGUAACAAUGUUGAGUUACAAACAAAACAGUGAUUCCAAAAUGAUUUUUGAAAGCUGUUUUUUUUUUCCUUUUACUUUAAUUGUAUGUUUUAUUUUCCUUUAUUAUUUUCUCCCUUGUUUUUGGUUGAGCAUUCUACAUUUACAGUAACUCUGACUUUUACAGAAAAUGUAAAACCAUAAAAAACAAUGAUGUGCCUAAGAGUUCCAUUAACGAGCGACAUUUUGUUUUUGAUUUGAUAUGUGGCAGGCGCUUUGUGACGCACUGUCAGAUGAUGAAAUGUACUUUUCCACGAGGAUCCCAUGGAAGUACGGCGCACCUGGAUCACUGUAACCGGUGCUCACAAUGAUGCUGUGCAUGUCUUUACCGGUUUCAAUGUCUCUCUCUCUCUCUCUCUCUCUCUCUCUCUCUCUCUCUCUCUCUCUCUCUCUCUCUCUCUCUCUCUCUCCCCCCAGUGCCACUGUUUUUUAGACAUUUGACCAGAAUAUAGCACAAGCCUGCAUUUGUUUGUAUAUUUUUGACAGUUUGCAGUAUGUGUACAUUCAGAGGUGAUCAUUUUAAAUGAAUGAAGGGGAAAAUAAAAGUUGAACUAUGAGGAUGAUGUUAAAAUAAAAUAAUAUAUUCAACAAAUGAACAAACGUGCGUGCGGCUCAGUCUCUUUGCUUGCGGCAUCCUUGGGUGUAAAAUGUAAAUCAUUCGAGGCUCAGAACACUUUGAGCAUCACGACAAGGGAGCGAGCGUGUCCUGUGAGUCUGCCGAGUGCCGAGCUCUCAUCUCUUGGACAAACAAAAGACGGAAGAAAAGUGAGGAGGCUGACAUUAUCAGCCGCCUCCCCGAUGUAUGUGGGUUCAUCGCAUCCUUUGAAGAAAAGUAAAGCAAAGAGUGUCCAUCCUCUCCACAACAUCAAAGCCUGGAAAGGACAGUCUU